GACCAGAAAGUAGAGAGAGAGAUAAGAGAGAAGGAAAGAAGGAAAAGAAAAGAAAAGAAAAAGGCAAUACACAAAAACUAGUAGUAAUAAACACAGAAGAGUUAUUGAGUUGGUUCAAUCACACACACUGGUUUAGAAAGGAGCCACCUUUAUCUUCUUUCUUGGUUCAAUGAAGGAAAACAAGAAUCAGAGGAAAGAAGGGGAAUUUGCAUUGGCAAGGUUCAGUAACUGACUGCAAUACAUGGAAUAAAGGGGCUGUAAUCAGUAAUCACACUGCUUGUUGUUUUUGAUUUGUAGGGUAAGAGAGAUUAGGGCUGAGAAGAUUUUAGUUGCAUCCGUUUUGGAUGUUGAUGAACUGGUGGUAAUCAGGGUUGAAAUGAGGGAUGUUAUCGAGGUUGAUAAAUUUCCUGAAGGCCUGUUGGCGACCGUCGUCUGAUGCCCAUGUGCAUUCGGGUUCUGAAGCUGCUGGGAGGCAAGAUGGGCUUCUUUGGUACAAGGAUUGCGGGCAGCAUCUUAUUGGGGAUUUCUCGAUGGCCGUUGUGCAGGCCAACAAUUUGCUAGAGGAUCAAAGCCAGAUUGAGUCUGGUUCUUUGAGCUUGCUUGAUUCUGGCCCGUUUGGAACGUUUGUAGGAAUAUACGAUGGCCAUGGAGGACCAGAAACGUCCCGCUACAUCAAUGAUCAUCUUUUUCAAAAUCUCAAGACAGGGUUUUCAGCAGAGCAAAACGCGAUGUCAGUGGAUGUAAUUCGGAAAGCAUUUCAGGCAACAGAAGAGGGGUUUCUUUCGUUGGUUGCCAAACAGUGGCCAAUGAACCCGCAGAUGGCUGCUGUAGGAUCUUGCUGCCUUGUCGGGAUUGUUUGCGACGGGACCCUUUACAUUGCUAAUCUCGGAGAUUCACGCGCUGUCAUGGGGAGGCUUGUGAAGGCAACGGGGGAGGUUCUCGCCAUCCAACUUUCGACUGAGCAUAACGCGAGUAUAGAGUCUAUUCGACAGGAGCUGCAUUCAAUGCAUCCCGAUGAUUCACAGAUUGUUGUUCUGAAGCAUAAUGUAUGGCGGGUUAAGGGCUUGAUACAGGUUUCUAGGUCCAUUGGCGAUUUAUACCUCAAAAAGGCUGAGUACAACAAGGAGCCUUUGUACGCCAAAUUUCGCUUGCGGGAGCCCUUUGACAGGCCGAUAUUGAGCUCAGAGCCGUCGAUUUCGGUGCACGAACUUGAGCCGCAUGACCAAUUUCUCAUAUUUGCAUCUGAUGGUCUCUGGGAACACCUCAGCAAUCAAGAGGCGGUUGAUAUUGUACAGAAUGGCACUCGAAAUGGAAGUGCUCGUAGGCUCGUGAAAGCUGCGCUGCAAGAAGCAGCGAAGAAACGAGAGAUGAGGUACUCUGAUCUGAAGAAGAUAGACCGGGGGGUGCGCAGGCACUUCCAUGACGACAUCACCGUGGUAGUUUUGUUCCUGGACUCGAGCCUCGUGAGUAGAGCCAGUUCGCUAAGAGGCCCGACGCUAUCCGUGAGAGGCGGGGGGUUCACCCUGCCGGCAAAAUCCUUGGCUCCUUGUGGUGCUGCUGUGGCAACGGGGCUCGGGGCAUCCUAGACAGAAAAACAACAAAAAACCUUUUCCUAUGUGGUAUACAACACCCCUUUUCAGUGUCCUUUGUAACAUCCGUGUUUUGGUUAGUUAAUCAAAAGAAGAAGAAAAAAAAAAAAAAACUAGAGAAGGUCGCAACUAAUCUUAAUUCUUUUGUUGUAAAAUGUAAUGCUUUUUUAGCUUUGGAACCGCGGCGUCUUCUUUAGUGUCUCAUCACCCAAAGUUGAAUGAUAUAAUAGAGAUUUCUUGAGAUAGAGAUGCUUAA